AUCUCACUCAAACUAUUUCGCACUUUAAGACGGCUUCUCUUUCCCUUCCUAUGUGUUUGAUGACCGUAGGUUCACUUCAUCACACACAAAAGUUCUUCUCACCGCAAAUUCACAGGCCCUUUUAACAGUUUAAAUACAAUUAGCCACCACCAAACCAUCAAAGUCUUUUAGUUUGCUUUGUUUUUGUUAUGGGGAAGAGAAAGAGAAGUAGCGGUGAUCAUAACAAGAACAAGUAUAAUUCUUCUUCGGAUGACAUGCCAUGCUCUUCUGGAACAGAAUUAUUGUCCAGACAGAAAUCUUAUUUGCUAGACUCUAGUGAGCUAAGGCCUCUCUCACCCAGGGUGGAUGCUUCGGAUGGUUCUUUAAAGCUAUUGAAUGUCCACCAUUCUCAUGCACAUCAGAAUUACAACCUUGGCCGUUCAAUAGUCUUGAAACGAUCACGUCACCACUAUGGUCAUCAGUACUCUCGGAGAAACUCAGGGAGUCAUGGCGAUGCAUCAACUUCUCGUGGGAAGACUGCCCUGUCAUGUGAUGAGAGGCUUACAUUCAAGUUGAACAGUCAUCUAGGCUCUGAGCCUGGUUGCCAUACAGAAAACAAGGAAUUAGAAUUUAGCAGGCCAGACAGGGUUAGAUUCAAUUCCUUGGUAAUGGAUGCAGUUUCAUCUGAUGCACUGAAGAUAGUUUGUGGAAUCUGUCAGAAACUAGUGAGAAGGAAACCUUACUUUAUAGGAAAUGCAUUAACUGCUGGCGAAUUCUCUGUUGUGGCCAUUCUAGUUUGCGGCCAUGUUUAUCAUUCAGAAUGUUUGGAGCAGAAAACAAGUCUUGAAGAUAUGCGUGACCCUCCCUGUCCAUUGUGCUUGGGCUUGCUCUCUGAAGAAGAUGCCUCCAGAGAACAAGAGUAAUGUGUUGUUGACUCACGUCUAUGCUAUUAAUUAUCUAGAACAGACAUAGCAUACUUAAGAUGGGGAACUUGGACAGAAGUAUAGGUGGUUGAAAUAGUCUUAGCAAGCUGUGUUAGAGAAUUUUGAUCUGCGGUCCUUCGCAGUCUCAUUGCUGUCAAGAACGUUGAAAAAGAAGCAUGACCUGCAGUAUCUCUCUUUUAGUGCUAGGCCUAGAGAGACAUACCAUAGUUUUUGUCUAGGUAUGGACACCAGUUAAGGCGGCUUUUUCAGGAGAAUAUUAGUAAAUGACAAUCUUGGUUUUGUUGUAUGAGUUUACAACAUUGUACACACAUUUGUAUUGGUGUAUGAAGUGGCGGUGCAACAAAUACAAAAUAUUAGUAAAUGACCAUCGUAGUUUUUGUUGUAUGAGUUGACCAUGUUGUAAUUGAAUUGGUGUAAGAAGAGUGGCAGUUUAAAUUCAAGAA